UCCGCAUGGGUGACGUCACUCGUAGCAACGAAGACACAAAAUGGAGGCAAAUGCGAAUAUUUUGACUGAAGAAAGUAAACAGUUAUAGCGAUUUCAAUCUUUUAUUGGGCUUUUUCUACAAGAAUGAUGCCUAAAGUGUGUAAUAAUCGUUCCAUUAGAGUUGUUAGAUGAUAAUCCUCUCGCUUUGAUGUCGUUUUGAUAGAGUGAAUCGGAUACACAGUUUAUAUCGUUUCUUACCGCCAUUGCUAAAUUUUGGGGAGAUGGCAGGAAAACCACGAAGCAAGGGACCCACGCCUUAUCUUCAACGGGGAACGAGUGAAGAAAUUAGUUAUGAGGACAUCUUGGUAGCUCAAUAUAUGAACCAAAUCGAAAAAAGCCCGCCAAAAUCCAAACGUGACAGGGAUGUGCCUGUUUCUCCCUAUGCAAUUGCCACGUUAACUGGCCAAGAAGUAAAAUCUCGGAGGCCAAAGUCUGCUGUUGCAGCUCGCCGUAAAAAGAGGGACCCAGAAAUGCCUGGCACCUGGCUGCACCAGCCCCCGACUGUUGCCUGGGAGGUGACGGAAGAUGGCGAGGUGGAAUAUGUAGGUCCUAAACCCACAGCUAAACCAAAGAGGAAUAGACCCAUGUCAGCACCAGUGGUAAGACAAAGGUCUGUAUCUGUAACAUCAGGCACUGGUUCCACCUUCUCACACAUCUCCAGGUCCAUGUAUAGCAAUAGCCCAGGUUCUGUUGCUGGCUCAACUGUGAGAAGAAACAAACCCCUGUAUAAGAAGAAGCCCCGUACUUUAUGUGUUCAGGCUUUUCAGAAUGGCAAUAGGGAUAAUUAUGCCAGGGUCACUGCACCAGAUCUGCAGCAGCUUUUGGAUAACUGCACAGCAAAGCUAGGCCUUGUGUCAGCAGCUCGCAAACUGUUUCUUGGUGACGGCGAGCAGGUGAUCAGCCCUAGACAGAUCAAGAAAGAUGCAGAUAUCUAUGUAUCAUGUGGAGAGCCAUUCAAAGAUCCAUAUGCUGCCUUUCAGAAGAGAGAAGAGCUGCGACGAUCAGCCUCAUGGGCACUGACUGGUAUAGUCCUUCCAGAGGACAAGAGUCGGGGGCGGACAAAGCCCUCAUUGUCCAAGCGCAUGCGCACACUUGUUGAGAGUCAAAAGAGACGAAUCCUUUGCUUCAGAAAUGGUGAUAGCUCAGAGGGUGUGGAAAUUGUUGCAGGGCGGUUUGAUGAGUUCCUAGAUGACUGUACUGCCAAACUUAAUCUUGACGCUGGUGCCAGGCGUUUGUUUGACUGGGAAGGUAGCGAGGUCAAAAGCUUUGCAGAUGUCCCAGUCCUGGAUGGCAUCUUGCAGCCUAGUGGUAACGUCGUUCUUGGGCCAGUAUGGGUGACUAAAGGAGGUGAGAGGUUCAGUCCUAAGGGGCCCUACAACUUUGCCUUGACUCUACUGAUGAACACCAGGGAGAGGAUCAAGUACAGCAAAGCCUACAAGGAAGAGCUGGAGACCCAGCUUGGCGAUCAGAACAUGUCAUCUUCCAAGGAAAUCAUGUCCAUGAGCAAGAAUGAAGUCAACAGUGAAAUUAAAGAGGUUGAUGAUCAUAUCUGUGAGCUAGCAAGUGUUGUGCCUGGCCUUAAGCAACAGAUAAAAAAGCUUAGCGAGUCAGUGCAUGAUGAAACAGGAACAGAGAGCUACAAAUUCCAGCACAUCUCGGAGAUUGAUGCCAACAGUCGGCUUCUCGGCAAGCAAGGACUAAGGUUAAAGGUGUAUGAGAAUGGCCAUACAGACGGCGAGGCCAUCAUACACUUUAACCUGCGUGAGGCAGAGAAAGGCAUCCAGGGGGACUCCUCGCAGCUGAUGCACCGCUUCCUUGAUGCCUGCACCAGCUCCCAGAGGCUAGGGGACGGUGCUGGCGGACCGGCGGGGCGCAGGAUAGCCAAGAGGGUGUUCCUCAAGGACGGCAAGGAAGUCAAGGACAUCCACGAGCUUGAGUAUGAUCAGGAGAUAUGGCUCUCUUAUGGCGAGGAGUUCAAGCAGCUCAGUAUGACUGUGCUGCAGCUAACGCUGGACAGAGUGUCCUGUAUGUCCCUAUGGGACGAAAAAGAAAUCGUCCAACGUGAACCCCUCAUGGAAGACGAAAAAGGCCAAGACAAACCUACUGUCUGGAAAGUGGUCAAGAGUUUCCCGCCCGGCACCAAGCGGCAGCUGGUAGCCCUGGACAUGCCUGGCCCUCAGCGGCUGAGCUACGCCCAGGGUCUGCAGGGGUCCCGCGUGGACGAAGGAGGGUACUUUCUCCAGUCGCGAGAGAGGAAGAACCUUGUACUCUACCCGGAAGUGUCGUUGGAGGUGAAAAAGAAGAAGGGGUCGAAGGAGGUGUGGCCAUCUGACGCACAGAUAUGGGUCAUUACGCAGAGCGGCCUCAUCUACAGCAAGGCUAUGCCCCAGCUGGCCCUCACCCGGUCUGAACGCCCCCUCCAGGCGGAGUACGGCGAUGACAAGCUGAUUGGCUGUGCUGUGCAGCUAGCGAAAAGAGCCCCUGGCAAUCCGAAUCAACAGUGGGGCUUUAGCGCGACCGGCCAGAUCUACUCCAUUUCCAAGCCUAGCCUCGUUCUCACGCACGUCGGGGAGCGUCACGUGACUGUCGUGGAUCCAGAUUCUCAAGCCACCAGGCCUUCCGAUGAGUCCGUUGAACCACAGAAGGAAGAGGAGGAGCUGGGCUCUAACCUGGCGAGUCUGCAUUUUAUGGACCUUGACGAGAAGAACGGAGCCAUUGAAUUAGAACCCAGUCUUCCCCCAGCGCAGGCGGAGGACGAGAACACAGGCCCAGGCCUGUCAGAUUUGAAGGACGAGUUUAGUGGUCAGCGGUAUGCCAUCGCACUCUUUCCCAAGCUUCCCGGGAAGCACCCGUGCAGUGGAACUCAGAGGUGGGCCAUCAAGCAAGAGGACCUAAGUACCAUAGGUCAGUGGAAACACACCACCGUGUCUAACCCCGAGUGGAAUAAGCGUGCGCUGUCAUGGCCGGUCACCAACGAUGGCACCUGGAACACGGAGUUCACUUGGCCGAUGGAAGGCUUUCUGCUGCCUUUCGCUCCACCCGUCAAAAGAUCUUCAGAGAAAAAGUCUUCUGCGCCAGGAUCAACGACCCGCCUUCGCGUGUUGAGGAAUGGCGAAGCAGACACGAGCAAGGCCGUUAUCGUAGUGGGACCGGACCUUACUAAUAUGUGGCGUGACGUCAACGAUGCCAGCCCCAAGAAAAAGAACAAAGCCAAGCGGUCGGGGUGCCAUUCCUCUACUGAUGUGUCCGGGGUGUACGAUGCAGACUCGUGUCAUCCUCUGGACCUGAAGCGACUCGAGCUUGAGCUGUUCAUGGACCAGUGCACAGAAGCACUUUCACUGCCAUUCGCUGCCCGCCGUCUGUUCGACGAGGAAGGUCGUGACGUCAUGUGCAUCUCCGACCUCUCACGUGAUCAGCUCGUGUUCGCCUCGUGUGGCGAGUCGUGGACGGACCCCAAGCUGUCUUACUCAGACCAGCAGCGUCGUGCUCUGCUCACGAAUCUCGCCUCGGACAUCGCACGCAUCCGGCAGUACAUUGCCCUUAGGGACCCACACGAUCUUGUGCUGGGUGUGGAGGGUCCUGUCGUCCCUGGGGCCGGGUUGAUCGUCAAUACGUGCAUGCUAACACAGGCGGACCGCGAAAAGCUAAUGAACAAACCCAGCGACGAGGAAGAUGAGCAGACGAAUGGAAACGAAGAUAACAGCCCUGGCGUGGAGCUCAGUUAUUCUAUCAGCGCCCACGAGCGCUCGCACCAGCGGGCCGAGGAGAGGCUAAAAAGCAUGCGCUGGUCGUGGGAGAAUGCUCGCACAUCUAAAGGCGGCCAGUCAUGUGAUGACCCCGACGCGACCGGCGAUUUCGAGGAUGAGGUGACGUUUAGUGAUCCGCAUUUGCAGAAGAAGUUUAGACGACAUUCACUGAAAACGCUCGAUACCAAGACUGAGCCAUCUGACUCAAGCUUCAGGCAGCGUUUUCACUACACCAGCGACGGGUUCAUACACCUGAAGAGGAACUCGAGCCUCGUACUGGGACUGGAAGAUAGUAGCGAGAGUAAAUCAAGCAAUGAGGUUUUGCUGUGCAAGAAGAAAGUUGAGGAUCCAUCUCAGCGAUGGGUGAUCAGUGAUGACGGGUCCAUCAGCCUGCGCUCUAAGCCCGACCUUGUGCUCACGGUUACCACGCCCCCACUAGGGAACGACCCCUUUACGCGGGACGAGGCGCUGGACUUCGGUUAUCGCGGCUCCGUGAUUAUCGUGGCUAACCGCAAGUCGCAUGGCAAUGGCAACGCCCAUCAGCUGUGGACGUACGAUCGCGCGACGGGAUUCAUCGACGCAUUCUCUACUGACACAACAAAUAAAGAAAUCACCGCUGCGAAUAAGGCGAAUGUCUGUACGUACGCCUUGCUGGGGCCCAAAGCACUUCACCAACCGGGUUAUGUUUACAUGGCGGGGACAUCCAGAGAACGAUUAGUUUGUGAUGCUUGUGGUAAAGCGUCGAGAGGCAAAAGCAAGCUGCAGCGGCUGACGGAUACUAAGCGCUUCUCGUGCGCCCUUGGUUCAGAUUGUGACUCUAAUGGCGGCUCUAAGUUAUCCGGAUGUUUCAAGUGUUUGAACAGCAAGGUGGACCUCUCUACCCUGGAGGCGGACUCCACCCUGGAGCUGUGGGAGUACCAGCUAGAGCGCCUGCGCAAUGAGGGCAGCGUCCGCACAAUAACACGUGAGCUGCACGUGGCUAAGAGCGUGCCUGCGGUUAGGAUCAUGGCAUACAAGAACGGAGAGGGAAGCAGGAGUCUUGGAGUGCUUGUUAUAGGCUCUUCCAUACACACGUUGCUUGACCAAGCGACCACGCGCUUGGGACUAACACAGGCAGCCCGUCGCCUGUACACGGUCCGUGGUGAGGUGAUAACGGACAUCGCCCAGCUGGUCAGACCUUAUGACGCAAGCAUGAUGACGUCACGGAUGGAACCGCAAGUACUGGCGGAGGAAAUGCAGAACAAAGUCAAGAUCCGCGAGAAUACGCCUCCUAUUCCUAACUGGCACGCUGUGGAUUAUGUCGAGGCAGAGAACCGUCUUCAUUACAAGUCAAACGGUCAGCAGAUGCGAGACAAAGAGGAUGAGGUGGAGGAAGAUGACCAGAGCUCCGGUAAUGAGACCUAUCGCGUGGAGGAAGGACGCAAAGGCACCGUCCCCAUAGUGAACCAAGAUCCUUCAGAACUCCCGCGCUGGGACACGAGGUGGCCUAUUGAUGUGUGGGUUUCCUGUGGUGAGCCGUUUGUUCCACUCGAAGAGGCUGAUAAACAGUACUUAUUGUCGAUGAAACAUCGUGAGGAGAGAACCUGGGUCCAAGCUUAUCUCGACAUGGAGAAACACGUGCUGAGGCAAAUGCAAGGCCGUCGUAUCACUGGGAUUAGUCCGCCCGAGUCACCUCGAGGAGCUGCGAAAACCUGGUACGAGCCGACACGUAAAGAAGAGAAGAAAGAGGAGACAAUCAUGGAACUCAAGAAACAUCUUAAAGACGUGAAGUCCCGGCAAAAACAUGACGAGGUGACGCUGUCGAAGAGCGCUAUAGAGACAACACAGCGACUGUAUUCCACCCCUAAAACGGUCCGUGUGAAAGUCUAUCCUAACAGCGAGACGACCGAACGAGCUGUGACAGUAUUUGGGGCGAGCAUCCGUGAGAUUCUAGAUAACAGCACGACGCGGCUGGAUCUCAGUAGCGCUGCGCGAAGGCUCUUCAAGCAGUCUGGCCAAGAGGUCGAGUCGAUACAGGACAUCCGUCGUGAUGAGAUGCUGUGUGUCAGCUGUGGUGAGGGGUUCGUCCAGGCAAGAGACCGUCGUCACCAGAUGGAGCUCAAAGCCACAUGGUCCCGUAUGACUCGCUAUGGCGGGGUUGUUCUUCCGGGUAGCCAGCCAGUUACUGCCAGCGAGAGGUUUGAGAGCCCACAACUCGCGUUACCUGCGCCACCCUCCCUUCCCCCGCGUGCUUCUCCAAACAGCAAACUGUCUUCAGUACAUACCCUCCGGGGCAGCGGUAAACCAUUCCACAAGAGAUAAGUCAAAAGAUCGCGCCCCUCGUACCGGUGACGCAACGAGGCACAGGCGCUCGGGCUUACUGUUAUAUCAUGCACCGUUAGUGUAUAUGUGCGUUUGAUAAAAAGUUUUGCUUUGGAUUAAGUUUACAGUCAAAAUAUCAGCUAUUUGACGUACGAGGCAGAUGGACAGACUAGCAGACGAAUGGACGGUCUGGAGAUUGCUUCAUUCCACAAAAUGGAGAGUUUUCUUGCAUUUGAAUCUUCGCAUUUAAUGCAGAAAGAGGUCCCCAUUGCGUGAUCAGAAUAAACUCAUAACUGGCGUUUUAUUGGUCGGUCCUAAUUAUAUUUAUUUCAUGAUUAUCAUUAUUGUAAAUACUUUUUUAGAAGUGGUUUUAUGCAAGUCGCUUGUCGAAGGUGACAUUGACGUUAUUCAAUUCAAUUGUCGGUUGUAACUAUUUCUUGUCAAUAAAAUUAUAUUUUUGAUCAA